AUGGCGUCGGUAUCGCCGCCAAAACCUUGGGAGAGAGCAGGCGCAGGUGGAAACGCACUAUCAACUGCGCCGACUGCUGGUACUCCAGCAGCUUCAACCACUAUGACCACAACUUCGCCCGCUAACCCCGCAACCUCAUCCGCUCCCGCCCUCCCAUCUCGCCCUGACACUCUCAACGCCGUCGUCAACAACACCGCCUCUAAUUACUCACCCUACGGCGCGUCUCGUUUUGGAACGUCGUACGGAGGUUACGGUGGCUACGGCGGUAUGGGAGGCAUGGGCUCCUACUCGUCACCGUAUUCCCGCUUCGGCUCGAUGGGCUCGAUGUACGGCGGUUAUGGCGGUAUGGGGGGGUAUGGGGGGCAUGUAUGGAGGCAUGGGAGGGAUGAUCCCAAUGACCCCAACAGCUUGACCAACUCGUUCAGCCAGAGCACACAGACGACGUUCCAGAUGAUUGAGAGUAUCGUCGGUGCGUUCGGCGGGUUCGCCCAGAUGCUCGAGAGCACAUACAUGGCGACUCACAGCUCAUUCUUUGCAAUGGUCUCGGUCGCAGAGCAAUUCGGCAACCUGCGCAACACCCUCGGCUCAGCGCUGGGCAUCUUCACCAUCAUUCGAUGGUUCCGCACCCUCAUCGCCAAACUCACCGGCCGCCCACCCCCGGCCGACGCAGCUUCUCUAACUCCCGCCUCAUUCGCUGCUUUUAUGGGUGGGCGCUCCGCAACCACUCUCCCCGACGGCUCCCCAGCCCCAGCCAAACCCUCCAAGAAGCCAUUUUUCAUGUUCCUCGUCGCCGUCUUCGGCCUUCCCUACUUAAUGGGCAAACUCAUCAAAGCCCUCGCCCGCUCCCAGGAAGAAGAAGCCAAGCGCCGCGCCCUUACUGGCCCCGGCGAACCAAACGCUGCAAUGGACCCCUCUAAGCUCGACUUCUGCCGCGUCAUCUACGACUAUUCCCCCGAGACUCAAGAGAGCAACGGUAUCGACCUCGCCGUCAAAAAGGGUGACAUCGUCGCUGUCCUAUCCAAGUCAGAUCCCACAGGCAAUGCCUCAGAAUGGUGGCGCUGUCGCGCCCGUGACGGCCGCGUCGGAUACCUCCCGGCCCAUACCUGGAGACUAUUCAGCGACGACCCCAGCAAGCCAUUACUACCCGCCACUCGCACCCACACGAUGAAAGGCGACUCGGACCGCACUCAGAGCCUAUCAGCCAUCUCCAAGUCCACUGAUAAGCCACCUGAGCUCAAGGGCAAGAUGGGUGAUAUCUCGCCCGAGAGUUUCCAAAAGAGUACCUUCUAUUCUUAA